ACACAUAAAGAAGAAAAACAAAAUACAGAUAAAUGGGCUCCAUUUUCACCAUUAUUAUUAUUAUGUCUUCAAUCUCAAGCUUUUUAACCUGAAAAUUCUCUCUCCUCCACCUUUCUCUCUCACUACUUGCAUGCCUUCUUCUCUCUGCUUCUCUCCCCAAACCCAUGUCCAUUUUUGUCCCUGAAAGCCCAGGCUUAUUAUUGGCUGCAAAUUCGACUUUUUCUACUAUGCUUAAACAGAUUCUCGCAAAACUCCCCCGUAAAUCAUCAAAACCGAAUCAAAACUGUUCAGACGGUAGCAAUGCAGCCACCGAUUUAACCAACAAUGGCGGUUUCACCAACACCUGUAACGUUAUUUCGACUCGAUUAAACGUUGUGAAGAAAAUGUCAUCAUCUAUAUUCCCGACAUCGAAUGGCGAUAUGAUCCAGCCUCAUAUACCGUUUAAAGACGUCCAAAACUCCGAAAAACCGAGACUUUUGAUCAGUAAGUUGAAUCUCUGCUCCGUUACAUACGAUUUCAACGAUCAAGAUAAAGACGACGCGGAAAAAGAUCAAAAACGCCAAGUUUUAGUCGAGAUUCUCGAUUUUCUCGUUUCGGAUUCCGUAAAACUCACCGAACCCGCCAUGUCAGCGAUAUGUAAAACAUGUGGCGACAAUCUUUUCCGUGAGUUCCCACCGAAGUACUCGAACUCGCCACGUGGCGAAACGGAAGAUGACGAUCCGUGGUUUGAUCCCGCUUGGUCACAUCUACAACUUGUUUACGAAAUCCUCCUUAGAUUCGUUAGUUUAAGUUCUCUCGAUCCGAAAAUCGCUAAGCAGUAUAUCGACCAUCCAUUCUUGUUAAGAUUACUCAAUCUAUUUGACUCCGAGGACCCACGAGAACGCGAUUGUUUGAAGUCGGUUUUACACAGGAUUUACGGCAAAUUCAUGGUUCAUCGACCGUUUAUUCGGAUGGCCGUCAGCAACGUUAUCUACCGGUUUGUGUUCGAAACCGAAAAGCACAACGGGAUUGCGGAACUACUGGAGAUAUUCGGGAGCGUUAUCAGUGGAUUUGCGUUACCGUUAAAGAAAGAACACAAGAUGUUUUUGUCACGGGUUUUAAUUCCGCUGCAUAAACCGAAAUCCGUUGGUGGUUAUCAUCAUCAACUAACGUAUUGUGUUGUUCAGUUUAUAGAAAAGGAACCGAAACUUACGAGUGUUGUCAUAAACGGGCUGCUGAAAUAUUGGCCCGUGAUGAGUAGUCAGAAGCAGUUGAUGUUCUUGAGCGAGUUGGAAGAGUUGCUUGAGUUGAUCCGGACCGAUGAAUUUGAAAAGAUUAUGGUUCCGUUGUUUCGGCGUAUAAGAAGUUGUCUUGAUAGCUACCAUUUUCAGGUGGCGGAACGAGCGCACUUCUUAUGGAACAACGAGCACAUACACCAUCUUAUAAUGUGCAACCGCCAAGUAAUCAUGCCUAUCGUCUUCUCAUCAUUACAACACAACUCAAAGAACCAUUGGAACCGCACGGUGCUCAACCUAGCACAAAACGUGUUAAAAAUGUUUAACGAGGUUGACGAACAAUUAGUGCUUUCAUGCCAAUGCAAGUUCGAGGAGGAAAAAUCAGCCACCGUUAUGGUGGCUGAGAGGCGGCAGUUGACAUGGGAACACCUUGAAACCGCAGCCGCUAAUGCUUCGGUUUUAGAGGGACCCACCACCGCCACCUCCACGUGUGUCGUCUCUUGCUAAUGUUUGGUGUUGUGUAUUUGUAGUUUGAGAGUGUUGUUACUCUCAUUUCAACAAUGGUGUUGUAUAUUAAUAGUGUUUGUGUCAAUUGGUUUGGUUAUUUUGUAACCUAGUGGUUAUACUUAUAACUUAUAUAAUAUUUCACAUGGCAAAUGGGGCAUUACAACAUGA